UAAAAAAAUCCAGAGACAGAGAAGGUGAAGGGAUCAGGGAGGGGGAAGCUGUGUCCCUCGGAUGUAUUUACCAACCAGUGCCAUAGUGCAUGUUCGUGCUCUGAAAAGAAGGCAAUAUUCUCAGACUCCAAUCCAUUACAUAUCUCAGUCCUUUCUUCUUCUUUUUUCUCUCUAUUAAGUUCGCUGCAAAAAUUUUGAUUGCGACGCUUCUAGGGUUACCCUGGAUUUAUCAGCAGGUCCCACUGUCAUUGGAUCCCCCAACUCUUUCUCAUUCGUUCAUUCAAUUUCGGUUACUCAUCAUUGUUGUUGCUCAAGGAGAAGAAAACAAAAAGAGGAAAAAAAAGAGCAGUGAGAUUUUGUAUUUUCCUUUUUUACUUUUUCUUUUCUGAUAGGCCUGCCAGAUCUUCGGCUACCUUGUGCGUCUCUUCAAUCUUCAUGCCAUUGGUACUAUAUGGCAAUGAAGACAAAUUCUGCUGACGGUAAGACUAGGAGCUCUAUACAAAUUUUUGUUGUAGUUGGUUUGUGCUGUUUUUUCUAUAUACUCGGUGCAUGGCAGAGAAGUGGUUUUGGGAAGGGAGAUAGUAUAGCUAUGGAGAUAACUAAAGGUGGGGCAGACUGCAAUAUAGUCCCAAAUUUAAAUUUUGAGACUCACCAUGCUGGUGAAGCCGGGAGUGUCAUUGAAUCUGAAUCAAAACUCAAAGUUUUUGAGCCAUGCCAUCCUCGUUUCACUGAUCACACACCCUGCCAAGAACAGAAGCGCGCCAUGACUUUCCCCAGGGAAAAUAUGAUUUACCGAGAAAGACAUUGUCCCCCUGAGCACGGGAAGUUACAUUGCUUAAUACCAGCACCCAAGGGAUAUGUAACUCCAUUUCCCUGGCCAAAGAGUCGUGACUAUGUACCCUUUGCAAAUGCACCAUAUAAGAGCUUGACAGUUGAGAAGGCUAUUCAGAACUGGAUUCAGUAUGAGGGAAAUGUAUUCAGGUUUCCUGGUGGAGGGACACAGUUCCCUCAAGGGGCAGAUAAAUAUAUUGAUCAGCUUGCCUCUGUAAUACCAAUUCAUAAUGGAACGGUUAGAACUGCACUGGACACUGGUUGUGGGGUAUGUUAAUUGGGGGCAUACCUUUUGAGUAGGAAUGUUAUCGCCAUGUCAUUUGCACCAAGAGACUCACACGAAGCACAGGUUCAAUUUGCACUUGAAAGGGGUGUACCUGCUGUUAUUGGUGUUUUAGGUACCAUAAAGCUACCGUAUCCAUCUAGGGCCUUUGACAUGGCUCACUGUUCUCGUUGCUUAAUUCCAUGGGGUGCAAAUGAUGGAAUCUAUCUGAUGGAAGUUGAUCGAGUUCUUAGACCUGGCGGUUACUGGGUCCUUUCAGGUCCUCCAAUAAAUUGGAAGAAUUCCUACAAAGCAUGGCAACGUCCCAAGGAGGAACUUCAAGAGGAACAAAGAAAGAUUGAAGAAACUGCCAAACUACUUUGCUGGGAAAAGAAGUAUGAGAAGGGUGAAAUUGCCAUUUGGAGAAAGAGGUUAAAUGCUGAUUCAUGUCGUGGCAGACAAGAUGAUUCACGGGCUACUUUUUGCAAAUCUGUUGAAGCAGAUGAUGUCUGGUAUGAGAAAAUGGAAGCAUGCAUAACUCCAUACCCUGUUGUCAGUAGUCCAGAUGAAGUUGCUGGUGGGGAAUUGAAGGCCUUUCCAGAAAGGCUUUAUUCUGUUCCUCCUAGAAUUUCUAGUGGAUCUGUUCCUGGAGUUUCUGUUGAGACAUACCAGGAGGACAACAAUAAAUGGAAGAAGCAUGUGAAAGCUUAUAAGAAGAUCAAUAAACUCACUGACUCUGGAAGGUAUCGCAACAUCAUGGACAUGAAUGCUGGUUUAGGAAGUUUUGCGGCUGCACUUGAAUCUCCCAAAUUGUGGGUCAUGAAUGUUGUGCCCACUAUAGCUGAGAAAAAUACAUUGGGUGUCAUUUAUGAGCGAGGAUUGAUUGGCAUCUAUCAUGACUGGUGUGAAGCUUUCAGCACAUACCCUAGGACAUACGACCUAAUUCAUGCUCAUGGUAUUUUGAGUUUGUACAAAGACAGAUGCAAUGUGGAGGACAUUCUCCUGGAGAUGGACAGGAUUUUGCGACCUGAAGGUGCAGUCAUAUUCCGUGAUGAGGUCGAUGCGCUAAUCAAGGUGAAGAAGAUAGUCGCAGGGAUGAGGUGGGACACCAAAAUGGUGGACCAUGAGGAUGGUCCCCUUGUUCCUGAGAAGAUAUUGGUUGUUGUGAAGCAAUACUGGGUUGCAGGUGGAAACUCAACAUCCACCCAGUGAGUUCUGAAGAGGAGAAUCGGAACCUUGGCAAGGUUUGGGCCG